GUAUUUGGGUAUAACCGUUAGCAGCUUUGCUAAAAUAAUACAACUAUGAUCGAAGAAGAAACAGCUCCGCAUCCGCCUCCGCCUCCGCCUCUACCUCCAACUCCACCAGAGCUACCUUCGUCUCCGCAACCGCAAUUAAAUCCUUUACCCGAUGAUCCCAAGUUCGAUCCCAGUCGAAUGAUUGGUAUCAUCAGACGGAAGGCCUUGAUUAAAGAGUUGGCUGCUGCUUAUCAUGCAGAGUGCCUAGGCUACUGCCAUGAACUUUUUCAACUUCAGCGAAGAUGGGAAGAGACCAAUAAAGAAAUCAAAUCAUUUGAAGAUUCAAGAAAGGAUAUUGUAAGACCAGUCAAGCGUGUGAAGAAAGUUCGUUGAAUUCAAGCUUUGUGUAAGACUACUAAUACUCUAGUUCUUUGAUUUCCAAUACGCUAGUUCGAAUUGUUGUUUUGUUAUUGUGAUGUACAGGACUACUAUUAAAGAUAGCUUGCAGUGGUUAUGGACAUCUGCAUAGGAAACAAAUGCAACAAUUUGAUUUUGUGCAAGUCAAAGAUGGUGAAGACUGCGACAUUUCUUCCAUUUGUAGUUUGAUUAGCUCCUUGACUUGAUAUAUAUACCAUUUUGGUAAAGAAAAUAGUCAAAUUUGACUGCUAGGAAUUAUUGUAAGUUGAUUUUACUAAUCUUUAGCUUCUCUAUUGAGUGUACUAUCUGUCAAUCUUAUAAAAAGUGUUAAAAGUGGUUUAAUUAUUA